AUGACCUCCUCGAUAUCCUGAAGAGCUACGACGCAAGAGCCACCUUCUUCAUCACUGGGACAAACCUUGGGAAGGGACAGAUCAAUGAUCCAACCACAAUAUAUCCGCAAAUCAUCAGAAGAAUGCAUGCCGAGGGCCAUCAGAUUGCCAGUCACACUUGGUCUCACCAGAACGCCAGCCAGUUGACCACCACGCAAUUCACGAACCAAAUGAUCUGGAACGAAAUUGCGCUCAACUCAAUCCUCGGCUUCUUCCCGACCUACAUGAGGCCCCCUUAUUCUAUCUGCGAGAAGAACUGCCAAGACAUCCUCUCAACCCUGGGCUACCACGUGGUGUAUUUCGACCUCGACACGGAGGGGUACCUUCACGACGAUGCGACGGAGAUCCAGACCAGCAAAGAUAUUUGGGACGACGCCAUCGAUGGCUCUGACCCGUCCUCGGACAAUUUUCUGCAGAUCGAACACGACAUCCACUAUCAGACCGUGUACAACCUGACCGACUACAUCCUAACCUCUCUCUUCGCCAACGGCUACCGAGCGGUGACGGUGGGCAAGUGCCUCGGCGAUCCUGUCGAGAACUGGUACCGCCAGGGACCCAACGGCAGCAUCACCGUGCCGACCACCUCAGUGGCCCCUCCCGAGUCCACUAGCACCAUGCCCACGGACCCGACGAGGACGACCAUCUCUGUCGCCCCGACGCACAGCGGCCCGAGCAUCGACGGCACUUGCGGCAACGGCGUGACGUGCGCCGGCACAGAGUUCGGCUCCUGCUGCUCCGUCUUUGGAUGGUGCGGUGACAGCUACGACCACUGCUCCUCCGAAAAAGGCUGCCAGCCCGAGUGGGGAAGCUGUGAUGGGACACCGAGCACGACGACCAUCCCUUCCUCGCAGACCACGUUCUCUACCAAGACCAAGACUAGCUCCACAAAGACAGGUGAUCCAUCAACGUCAUCCGCCGAGCCGACGCAAACCGGUCUCCCAGUCAGCACCGACGGACGCUGCGGUCCCGAAGUGAAGCAGACAUGUACGGGCAGCGAAUUCGGGCAGUGCUGCAGCCUGUCGAGUAAGUGCACCGACAACGCUCUCUCGUGCAUACCUCUCCUGGGGUGUCAGGAGGACUAUGGGACUUGUAGUAGUACAUUACAUGAUCGAGUUUGACGGGAUAGAGCUGUGCAGAGCGAUACGGUCAUUUUGGGGUUGAGAGAACAGGUCGUGUCAGGCGGGAUUGAGCAUUGGCGACACAACCUAUACAACCUGUUGUCUCGGUUCCGUGACCGUCGGGGCGGUGAUGGAUCGGGUGGGAUGUAGUGAGUGAGACACUGUUAGUUGUCAUUCAGAAAAACAAAAAUGUGCCUUUAACAGCAUGC